GGCAAGUUGAGAAUCUCAGUAUCUCUUUUGUUUAGAUAAACUUGCAGGUAAUUACUCAUCGGUUAAUUUAAUUGGAGUAAAAUGCAGACUGACAUACGGUAAAGCUGUACUAUUUAAAAAAUAUUUGUAAAAUUCAAACCUAAAUAUAAUUAUCCCCGUUUGGAAAGGAACAUGAUCCGUGAACUAAAAGAUUCUUUCACUGUUAAGUUAUUUAGUCAGUAAGUCAAACAAACUGUACCUACAUUUAUUCUGGAGAAGAAGGGGCGUGAAAUUGUUAUAAUGUGCUGUGCUGUGACAUUGACUAUGCAUUCCAACUUAAUGUUUGAUUAUUGUUCUUAAUGUGAUUGUUUUAUGACGGAUAAUUGUCUUCAAUUUAAUAGUUUACAUAACAUGAUGAUUUUAUAUCGCCAUUGUCAAAACGUGUAAACAAAUUUGCGCUAGUUAGUUAGCAUUGGUCAUUAUGAGUGGGGCCAAGUUUGAGCUGCAGAAGGAGGUGUUUGAGGGGUCGAAGGAGCGUCUUCACGGCGUCGUUGGCGUCACAAAGACGUCGCGAAAGAAGAAGCCGUCGUUCCUCUGUCUCACGGGGAGUAUCGAACGUCCCAUCCGAUUUACCAUUUAUCUUGUCAAGCAAACGGAGAAGGGUUUCAAGCGGAAACAAGAAUGGACAUUGUCCUCUCUGAAGGAAGCGAAUUACAAGGCUAAGGACUCACUUGAUUUUGAUUUAUUGCUGGAAAAAAGUUACCAUUGGACUGCAACUUCCACCGAGGAUAAGGAUGUCUUAUUUUCACUUAUUUACCAAAUUACUGCCAGAAUGCACAGGCCCCCUAAAUUCAUCAAUUACCAGCCGGACGAAGAAGGUGACUCGGAGGGUGCGAGUAACAUUCCAAUCGUUGCUGUACCUAAGGAUGGACAAAUGGUGGACAGUGAUGAAGAAGAAUUUGGUUUAACGGAACGUGAAGAGUUUGAUUUAGAGAAGGUGCUUGGCAGGGCUGAAAAUGCGGUCGUGAAUGCUGAAGCAUUCAUGGAGCAGUUGGCUAAAGAGUUGUCAAUUUUGGACGGGGAAAAUAUUCACAGCAUUAUGGAUUCAGAGACGCAAGUCAAUGUACUUAUGGAAAGAAUAGACGAGUCUAUUGUCCAGUUGGAGAAAAUCGAAUCUGAACUCACAGAUUAUGAAGAUUCUGUUGUAGUAGUACAAGCAGCAGUUGAGAAAAUAGAAGAGGAAAACUCUCAGAUGGGGACAGCUUCAAAAAAUCAACAAUUGUUACUCAAAGAACUCUCCACGUUAAUAGAAGCUUUAGAUUUUAGCGCUGGAUCCAACAUUUUAAAUUCAGAUUUGAGUUCGAAAGAAGGCAUUGAGAAAGCCGCGAGAGAUGCAAAUCUUCUUAAGAAGGCUCUUGAUAUGGACGAAGAAAUUCAUCCAGCUCUACAAAAGAUGCAUUCCGUCGUUCAUCAGAGAUCUAGAUUGGAGAAAAUCCGAGACAAGUUUGCGAAAGGCCUCACAUCACACUUGGCCAAACUGUUUAUUCAUCAUGGAAAUAUUUCUUCUGUUGAUAAUGUUUCCUCCAUCAAUCAUUUUCGCCUCUCACCCCUAAAUUUGAUGCACAACGAGUUAAUUGUUUAUUCGGACUUGAUGAUUUGGCUCAAGUCGGUUGAAAUGGACUGUUACUCGUCGUUGCUACAGAAGUAUACCAUGUCUACACAGAAAGUUUACGAGAGAAACGUCAAAGCCUUAUUUGAGGAAGCUCGAGUAAGAAUUUCCGGAAACAAUACGCCUUCGUCAAGAAUUUCCGGCUCUUCAACCGACCUAAGAAUUCGAGGCAAAUUUUUUGGCAAAACGCGGAGUUUGGCUAAUCGUGAAGGUGAUACAGAAAGUCAAGGAUCAGGCGAAGGAUCUGUUGAUUCGUCAGAAAGGCAGCAUUUCUAUGACGUGUUGGAACAACUACUGGAAGGCUUAGAACCGGGAGUCAACUCUGAAGAAAAGUUCAUUACCAGUUUCUUCAAUGUUGAUGGAAGCUCUUCAUUAAAUACAAGUUCUGUCAUUUCGCCUUCCAAAAGUAGUGGAAGUGCAGAACUCCGUCGCAUUAUGGGAAAUUUAUUCGGUUCAAUUGAAUCCGAGCUAGUUGCCUUUUUAGUUCAUUACGAGAAGAUGGAAUCAAGCUUUUGUAUGGGUGCCAUGGUCAGACUGGGAAAUCAUGCUUUAAAGUCAGAAAAUACAUCAACUUAUAUUGGGAUGAUAUAUGGGAGUGUCUUGGUGCAAGAGAAACGCAGUUUUGAUCGUUUGAUGAAUUCGUACGUCCAAGCUAUUAAUGAUAGUCGUCUCCCACGCAAAACCAAACCUGGAAUUCUUCCUUUCAUAACAGAAUUUGAGGAUUUCGCCGUGAUGGCCGAGUCAAUUUUUGGAAAUUCUGCACGACGAAGUGAUUUAGAAAAAUGGUACGUUAAAAUGCUAUGUGCAAUGUUUGACGCUAUAAUGCGACUUGCAAGCGAUGGGGGGAAAACUCCAGGCGAAGUCAUCCGAAUGGAAAACUACCAUCGUCUUCAUGCAAAUUUGUCACAACUUAAAGUAGCAGCCUUAGAUGUGCAAAAGAAAGAUGCAAAGACAAAGUAUAAUGAAGCUUUAAAUGGCUAUGUUACGAAAUACUUUGGACGUCCAUUGAACAAGCUCAACGAAUUCUUUGAAGGCGUUCAAGCCAAAGUCAGUCAAGGUGUCAAAGAAUCCGAAAUUGGAUAUCAAAUGGCUUUUAGCAGAGCAGAAUUAAAACGAGUCAUCAAAGAGUAUCCGGCAAAGGAAGUUAAAAAAGGCUUAGAAUCCCUGUACAAGAAGGUGGAAAAACAUUUAUCAGAAGAUGAAAGUCUUCUUCAGGUGGUUUGGAGGGCGAUGCAGGAAGAGUUUAUCGUUCAGUACAAAUCAAUCGAAAGUCUAAUUAGCCGUUGUUACCCUGGGGCAAAAAUCACAUUAGAAUUCACAAUAGAAGAUAUAUUGUUAUUUUUCUCAGAAAUUGCACAAUCACAUUAGCAUUCAUUUAUUUAUUUUUCGUUUUUCGUUUUCGUGACAAAUUCAACGCUAUAUUACAUUUAUAUCAUAUAUCAAAUAUAUUCCCACUCUGACAUAGACCUGACUGUCUUUUACCUGACUAAAAUAUAAAAAUAAAUAAUGGGAAUCCUUUAUCCAUUUAUAAAAAAUCAA